CAUGACCGUGUGUUCCUUUUGAUGAUCGUCUCGAGAUGUCGUUAUGGCGGAGACUUCAGCGCAGAAAGACGAUAUUGUGUGGCAGGAUUUAAACCAAUUCCAGGGCGUAACUGGACAAGAGCUUCAUCUGAACGCCGAGGAGAUGUCGCUUCUGCUGGAUGGAUUUUCAGACAUGGAGAGCGCGUUUGAGAUGAGCUCGUACACAUACACGGAGGACAUGGUCAGCCACUUCGACGAGAAGUUACAGUUAUGCUUCCAAAAUCUACAGACUAAAUCCAACACCGUAGAUCCAGUGAAGACAAUAAACGAGCACACGACUCUCAAAUGUGACGAGAUCUGGAAUGCUCUCACGGAACACUAUGGCAACGUCAUGCCAGUGGACUGGAGUCAGUCUCGAGUUUGUUCGCUUCAUCUCUCAACACUGAGUCUUGAAGACAGGCCGCGACUGGAGAGCUUGAAUGUGGAUGUGUCUGACGAUGAGGACCUGAGAGAGCAGAUGGAUCUGCAUUCCAUCAUUGUGUCCUGUGUCAGUGAAGAGCCACUCAUCACUGCUGAACAGGUCAUUGAGGAGCUGGAGGAGAUCAUGCAGGAUUCACCAGAGAUGGAAUUGGAGCAGAACCCUCCACAUUCAGAACACUCAGUUAUCUCUCAGAAGACCCAAAGAUCUCACAACAGAGUGAGGCUGAUGUCUGUAUCGGAGCUAAAUGAGGUUCUGGAGGAGGUGGAGACAUCCAUCCGUGGACAUUCAGAGGAGUUGAUCCAGCAUCUGGCCAUGAGGGACGAGCUAGAGUUUGAGAAGGAGGUGAAGAACAGCUUCAUAUCAGUUCUCACAGACGUGCAGAACCGACAGAAGGAACACCGAGAGAUGCUGAAGAAGAAGAAGAAACUCAAGAACACGGCCGGAGCACUGCAAGCUCGAUCGGAAAGACUGUCUUCUUCUGAAGGAGGAGGGAUACGGCGUAGUGGAGUUCUUGCCGCUACCAUCCACCCCAAUGGAGCAGCCGCGGCCAUCUUCCGGGGGAUGGAGGAGCCCUGCCGCCUGGAAGUGGAGGAACGGCUGCCGACC